GUAACUGUAUGUAUUAUGAUUAACAAUAUGACAUGUCGUCUUUUUCCGCAACGACAAUGUUAACAUUUUGAUUAUAAAUAUAUUGAGUUUAAUUGAGUGUUUAAUCCAAAUUUGGUUAACAAUUUAUUCCGUUUUCGACUUAGGUGAGUAAAUAUUUUAGUAGUAAAAUAUGGCAGACGAGGACCCAUCACGAGAAGCUCCAGUUCAACGAGCUAGAUGUUUUUUCGAUGUGUCGAUUGGCGGUAUUAAUAGUGGAAGAGUGGUUUUCGAACUGUUUUCGGAUAUAGCACCAAAGACUUGUGAAAAUUUUAGAGCUUUAUGUACAGGUGAAAAAGGUGUGGGUGAAGAAACCCAGAAGCCUCUACAUUAUAAGGAUGUUAUUUUUCAUCGCGUGGUUAAAGAUUUUAUCAUACAAGGAGGAGAUUUCUCUAAUGGAAAUGGCACUGGUGGGGAAAGUAUAUAUGGAGGCACAUUUGAAGAUGAAAAUUUCACUCUCAAACAUGAUCAGCCGUUGCUUUUGUCAAUGGCGAAUCGAGGAAAAGACACUAAUGGGUCGCAAUUUUUCAUUACAACGCAACCGGCGCCCCAUCUAGACAAUGUUCAUGUGGUUUUUGGAAGGGUUAUAAGUGGAGUGGAAUUAGUCAGGCAGAUAGAGGCUUUACCAGUUGAUGCAAAUAGCAGGCCCUUACAAGACGCCAAGAUUGUGAAGUGUGGGGAGUUGGUGAGACAAGUCAAAGUCAAGAAAGAUAAGAAAUCUGAAGAAAAAGAUGAGAAGGAAGAAAAGAAAUCCAAAAAGAAGCAAAAGAAGGAUAAGAAAAAAGAGAGAAAAAAUAGAAAACAAGAAAAAGGAGAAAAAUCUGAUGAAGAAGCAGAGGAAGGUGAAGUAUUCGAACCUCAUCCUCUAGCAAUGGUUUCAAACAUAAAUCCUGAUGAUAUACCAGAGGUUCCUACAAACAAGUUCUUGAUGAGAGGAGACAAUCAAAGGGAUGAUAAAAAUGACAAUAGAAAAAAUAGAAAAGAAGGGAAAGAGAGAAACAAUAGAGGAAAUAAACGAGAUUGGGGAUCAAAUUUUAAUAGGAGAGGGAGAACUAUGAAGUCAAAAAGUGGCAGGAUAAUAAAAGGACGAGGAAAAUUUAGAUUCCGAACGCCUUCACGUAGCCGAUCUCGUAGCGGUACGCCGAUUCAUUGGCGCAAAGAAGAAUCUCGUGUCAUUAAAAUGUCAGAUCUCCACAAAUUGGAAGCUCAACGUAAGAAACUUGAUAAUAGAGAAGAAAAAUCGUUGGAUCGUCGGAGUGGUACCCCCGAAAUACCUAAUUAUCAGAAAUCCCUUACGCCUCAAGCUGAAUAUCCAAAACAUUUGAGUGGAAAUAAAGAUAAAGGUGUAGAUUACAACGCAUUGGAUUACGAAGAUCAAAGUGAAGAUGAGAAUAAGAUUGGUAAUAAUAAUAAAAAAGUGGUACCGAGUUUAGUACAAUAUCCUUUACCGGGAUCUUAUGGGAAAUUCAAGAGCAAAGAAGAUAUCCAGAAAGAGAUCGAACAAGUGGAACAAGAAGAAAUAGAAGCAGAAGCCAUAAAUAAGAGAUCGGACUUCUUAGCAAUGGCUUUAGGUGUACAAAUAAAAACUGGUGAAGAUCCGCCUACAGGUGAUUUAAAUUAUAACAACAGACAACAGCAGCAACAACAACGCAACGAGAGACCACAGAAAUUUUCUCAAGCUGGAACUGUCAAUAAAAAUCCGAAUAAUCGAUUUGGCAGAGUUAAUCUGCGUUUGAUGCAAUUAGCUGGACAUGAGAAUGUCCAAAUUCCAUCACAGGUGUCCAGCAAGGUGGAGGAAAAAAGGGGAAGAAACAAAUUUGAAACCGAGAAACCUGUGAACAUAAACGAAAGUAAAUAUGAAAGAAACGGUCGCUUUGUUGAAGUGAAAAGAAGGAAUAAUAGGGAUAGAUUCGAAGAAAAAAAGCGUAAUGAGAUGAUUGAAAGGAAAAGAAGAGAGAGCGAAAGACGGAGAAGAGAUAAAGAAAGAAGAAGAGAUCACACAAAAUCUUUAAGAAGAUCGAGAUCAAGAGACAAAAUACGUAGGCGAUCAAAUUCUCCAUCUAGAUCUAGAAGAUCGAGAAGUAAAGAAAGAUCGAAAAGAUCGAGAACUGAAUCUUCAGAAAAACCAAGAUCGAAAAAAGAAGAAGAGAAAGAUAAAGAUGUUUUUAAAGCAGAUAAAGAUGCGGAAGAGAAAUAUAGAAAGUUGCUUAUAUUACGCAAGAAGAUGGCUUUGUUGGAAUUGAAGAAAAAAGAAGAAAUGAGGUUAAUGGAAGAGAAGCAAAAAAAAGCAAAAGAAGAAAGUGAAAUGUUGGAAAAGGCGAAAAAAGCCAAACGUGAGGCAAUAGAAAAGGAAAAAUUGUUGAAAACUUACAAAGUACUUCAAGAAAUCGAUGGAAGAAAAAAUAGAAAAAUGUCGAGCUCUUCAAGUUCAAGUAGUAGUAGUUCAAGUAGUUCCGACAGUGAUGUACCCAGGAAACGAAGACGUUCUAGGUCUAGGUCAAGAACAAAACGACAUAGGCGCUCUUACAGCAGAUCGUCUAGAAGUAAAUCCAGGGAGAGACAGAAAGAAAAAUAUUCAUCUAGAAGCCAUCAUUGAGUUUCUUUUAAAAUAUAUCAACUUUGGCAGGUCAUGUACAUCUCGAAAAUCUUGACAUUUUUUUUUAUUUCAUUUUUAAUUUCUGUAACUAUUCAUCAUACUCAUAUCGAACACACUAUUGACUACUUGUUUUGAUAACUUUUCAUUUUUGUUAAUUGAACUAUAAGGUUUUUAAAUUUUGGAGAGCCUCUAAUGAGAGGUGUACUAAAUAAGAAAAUUGUCUCUGUCAUUUUUCUGUAGUGGUUAGUUAAAUAUAAAUGGGCAAAUGUUUCCUAUCUGAUAAUUCAAAUGGAGCUGUAUUUAAAUUUCCAUUUUUGUUUCGAUGUUUUCGUAUUGAAAUAUUUUUAAAAAUAAGAAUUAAUUUUGAUAAUAAUAAUUUAAUAUGUUUAUCAAACAUGAAAAUUAAUUAUUUGUAUUUGAAUGAAUAAAAAAUAAUUAUGUAGAAAUAAUAUCACACAUGAAAAGUCAUUGUGUUCAUUUUGUUUUAACGAAUAAAAAAUAUAUGUAUAAAAA